UAAAGGGCCUCCCGGUGAAAGCAGAAAGCUGUUUAUUUUCUGUGACAUCACUUCGCUUUGCCUUCGAAGGCUGGUCUGUGCUCAGUGUUUUCCUGGUGAUGCAGUCGGCUCUCUGCUCCAGCAGUUGGAUCCCUCCCAUCUCACAGUACCUCACAGGUCUCUUCCCCCGAGCAGUGCAUUGCUGGAGCGAGGAGAAGCUCACGAAUCAGCUGCAGGUCCCUGUUUUGAAAAAGCAGAGAUACAGAGGCAGAGGAAAAAGGGUGGACUCCUAUGUGACCUGUUCUUAGAGCACGACAAUCACCAUCUGAAUUCCAGAAGCCCUGUUCAUGGUUGGGGAUAUUUUCUCGACUGCAUGGAAUCAGAAAGAAGCAAAAGGAUGGGAAAUGCCUGCAUUCCCCUGAAAAGAAUUGCUUAUUUCCUAUGUCUCUUAUCUGCGCUUUUGCUGACAGAGGGGAAGAAACCAGCGAAGCCAAAAUGCCCUGCCGUGUGUACUUGUACCAAAGAUAAUGCUUUAUGUGAGAAUGCCAGAUCCAUUCCACGCACCGUUCCUCCUGAUGUUACCUCAUUAUCCUUUGUGAGAUCUGGUUUUACUGAAAUCUCAGAAGGGAGUUUUUUAUUCACACCAUCGCUGCAGCUCUUGUUAUUCACAUCGAACUCCUUUGAUGUGAUCAGUGAUGAUGCUUUUAUUGGUCUUCCACAUCUAGAGUAUUUAUUCAUAGAAAACAACAACAUCAAGUCAAUUUCAAGACAUACUUUCCGGGGACUAAAGUCAUUAAUUCACUUGAGCCUUGCAAACAACAAUCUCCAGACACUCCCAAAAGAUAUUUUCAAAGGCCUGGAUUCUUUAACAAAUGUGGACCUGAGGGGCAAUUCAUUUAAUUGUGACUGUAAACUGAAAUGGCUGGUGGAAUGGCUUGGCCACACCAAUGCAACUGUUGAAGACAUCUACUGUGAAGGCCCCCCAGAAUACAAGAAGCGCAAAAUAAAUAGUCUCUCCUCCAAGGAUUUCGAUUGCAUCAUUACAGAAUUUGCAAAAUCUCAAGACCUGCCUUAUCAAUCAUUGUCCAUAGAUACUUUCUCUUAUUUGAAUGAUGAGUAUGUAGUCAUCGCUCAGCCUUUUACUGGAAAAUGCAUCUUCCUUGAAUGGGACCAUGUGGAAAAGACCUUCCGGAAUUAUGAUAACAUUACAGGCACAUCCACUGUGGUAUGCAAGCCUAUAGUCAUUGAAACUCAGCUCUAUGUUAUCGUGGCCCAGCUGUUUGGUGGCUCUCACAUCUAUAAGCGAGACAGUUUUGCAAAUAAAUUCAUUAAAAUCCAGGAUAUUGAAAUUCUCAAAAUCCGAAAACCCAAUGACAUUGAAACAUUCAAGAUUGAAAACAACUGGUACUUUGUUGUGGCUGACAGCUCAAAAGCUGGUUUUACUACCAUUUACAAAUGGAAUGGAAACGGAUUCUACUCCCAUCAAUCCUUACAUGCGUGGUACAGGGACACGGAUGUGGAAUAUCUGGAAAUAGUCAGAACACCUCAGACACUCAGAACGCCUCAUUUAAUUCUGUCUAGUAGUUCCCAGCGUCCUGUAAUUUAUCAGUGGAACAAAGCAACACAAUUAUUCACUAACCAAACUGACAUUCCUAACAUGGAGGACGUGUACGCAGUGAAGCACUUCUCAGUGAAAGGGGACGUGUACAUUUGCUUGACAAGAUUCAUUGGUGAUUCCAAAGUCAUGAAAUGGGGAGGCUCCUCAUUCCAGGACAUUCAGAGGAUACCGUCGCGAGGAUCCAUGGUGUUCCAGCCUCUUCAGAUAAAUAGUUACCAAUAUGCAAUUCUUGGAAGUGAUUACUCCUUUACUCAAGUGUUUAACUGGGAUUCAGAGAAAGCCACAUUUGUGAAAUUUCAGGAAUUAAAUGUUCAGGCACCAAGAUCAUUCACGCAUGUGUCCAUUAAUAAGCGUAAUUUUCUUUUUGCUUCCAGUUUUAAGGGAAAUACACAGAUUUACAAACAUGUCAUAGUUGACUUAAGCGCAUGAGACACCAAAUUCUGUGGCUGCCAUCAGAAACUUUCUACAGUACAUGACCCGGAUGAACUCAAUGCAUGAUGACUCUUCUUAUCACACUUGCAAAUGAAUGCCUUUCAAACAUUGAGACUGCUAGAACCAAGCACUACCAGUAUCUCCAUCCUUAACUGUCCAGUCCAGUGAUGUGGGAAGUUACCUUUUAUAAGACAAAAUUUAAUUGUGUAACUGUUCUUUGCAGUGAAGAUGUGUAAAUAAGCGUUUAAUGGUAUCUGUUACUCCAAAAAGAAAUAUUAAUAUGUACUUUUCCAUUUAUUUAUUCAUGUGUUCAGAAACAACUGCCAAAUAAAAUGUUUACAUUUUCUUUCAUAUCCCAAAGGUAAUUA